AGCAAAUGGUGUGAGAGCUUUAUUUCCUUUUUUGUACUUCUUUACCAUGACCAAUUACAAUCACAAUCCUUCCAGUGAACAAAGAGAUAUUUGGAGCAAGUAAGGCAAAGUUAGCUGUGCUUUACUUAUAAGAUAGAGAACAAAAUAAAUUAAGUGCAUUGUUGGACACGCAAGACAACCUUGGAUUUGAGUUGAGUGAUCUCAAGUAUGUUGCUGGUGUCGAUCUUAGUUUUCCACUAGGUGAAUAUGAGAAUGCUGUAGCAUGUCUUGUUGUCAUGUGUAUUCCCGAAUUAAAAAUUGUAUAUAAGCAAUUUCUUCAAACAAAGUUACAUCUGCCUUAUAUUGCUGGCUAUUUAGCUUUUAGGGAAGUCGAUCCGCUACUGAAUUUAUUGCUUCAGUUAAAAAAGGAACAGCCUGAAUUAUACCCUCAAAUCAUUCUUGUGGAUGGUAAUGGUCUCUUACAUCCCCGUAAGUUUGGUAUUGCAUCCCAUUUAGGUGUAUUAUCAGACACGCCUACUAUUGGUGUUGCAAAGAACUUUUUAGCUAUUCCGUCAGAAUUUGAUGAUUUGAAUGAAAUCAAGAAAGCAUACAAGUCAAAAUUACUAAAAAAGGGAGAUAUAUAUACACUCAUAGGAAGUGCAACACAGUCAGUCUAUGGUGCUGCUGUUAGAACCUCUGAUUCAGCACCUAAUCCUGUGUUUAUCAGUCAAGGACAUCGAGUCUCUCUCUCUACUGCCAUCAAAAUAGUCCUUGCUACAUGUCCGAAAUACCGUAUUCCAGAGCCCAUUCGAGCUGCAGAUUCAGAAAGUAGAGCUUACAUUCGAUUAAAUAGGUGUUUAUUCAAUAAAUAAGGAUUAAUAGUAAUAAUAAGAAUAGUAAUAAUAAGAAUAAAGGAGAGAUAAUUUUAUAAAGAGUCUAUUCAAGAGAAAUACUUAGUUCUCUAAUUUGGGAUGCAUCUAAUACUUGAAGAUUUCUACACUUUUCCAGUAAGAAGCCAUCUUCAUCAAAAGAAUAACGCAUAGCCAAUCCUUGGAAAGUCAAGACUCUUUUGAUUACAGUAGCAAUCACACGAUAUUUCCUGAAAUUCACAAGAGGUUGGUCAAGACAAUCAGGUAAAUGUCUAGUAUUGUUUACAUUAUAGAUUCUUUGAUUUUCCAGAUUGGGUUUUAAGUAUCGGGGUUUUUCCGAAUUGAAGACAAGAUCAGAUAAGUAAA